AUGGCGGACCCGUUCAAAGCCCGGACGUUGAAACGCAAGAACGUCAAAGGACUCGCCCUCAAUGCGGCCCCUAAGCCUACCGCCAACGGUUCCGAUGGCGAUGCACAAGUCCCUGGGGCGAUUGGAAACAGCGAAAGCAACCGCACAGACACCCUUGAAAUCGGCCUGGAGUUCCGCCUCGAUCUCCGCAGCGAGGACUUGGUCACUUUAAAAGAACUGGGUGCUGGAAAUGGAGGCACAGUGUCCAAGGUGAUGCACGCAUCCACCAAGGUGGUUAUGGCUCGAAAGAUCAUUCGUGUCGAAGCCAAAGAAAAUGUGCGGAAGCAGAUUCUACGAGAACUCCGAGUGGGACACGACUGCAACUGCCCCAAUAUCGUCACUUUCUACGGUGCAUUCCAGAACGAAGCGAGAGAUAUUGUGUUGUGUAUGGAAUACAUGGAUCUCGGUUCUCUGGAUCGUGUUUCUAAGGAUUUUGGUCCCGUGCGGGUUGAUGUGCUAGGGAAAAUCACAGAAUCUGUUCUGGCUGGCUUGGUCUACCUCUACGAAGCCCACCGCAUCAUGCACCGUGAUAUCAAACCCUCCAAUAUAUUGGUAAACUCCCGCGGUAACAUCAAGCUUUGUGACUUUGGUGUCGCUACCGAGACAGUCAACUCUAUUGCCGAUACAUUUGUCGGCACUUCAACAUACAUGGCCCCCGAGCGAAUCCAGGGAGGCGCCUAUACGGUUCGAUCUGAUGUAUGGAGUGUGGGCUUGACAGUCAUGGAGCUGGCUGUUGGCAAGUUCCCCUUCGAUCACUCUGACUCGGCUGCUGGAAAUCGUGCCAGCGCAGGGCCAAUGGGUAUUCUAGAUCUGCUACAGCAGAUUGUUCACGAAACCGCACCCAAGCUGCCCAAGAGCGAUGCUUUCCCGCCAAUCCUGCAUGACUUUGUUGGGAAAUGUCUCUUGAAGAAGUCCGAGGAGCGUCCCACACCCCGUGAAUUAUAUGACAAGGAUGCGUUCUUGCAAGCUGCCAAGCGGACGCCUGUGAACCUGGAGGAAUGGGCAGUCAGCAUGAUGGAACAACACAAUCGCAAAUCUUACCUCGGACCACCAGCACCGAAAUCGCUGCGAGACGCCCAGACACCUACCUCGAACUCAACAUCAUCUCCCGUUGCAGGUCCCACUUCAGCGUCUAGUGGCAUUGGCAAGCCUCCUCCCAUCAGCAAGUCUAGCCGAACUCCACAGCAGUCGCCAUAUCCCUCAAACCAAGUAUCAGCGGACAUUCCUUUGAAGAUUGCCAACGAUCCCUCUUCCAACCCCCGUUACUUCAACCACCAGGCUCAACCCCACCCUCAGUCUUCCCACUACUACUCAUCGUCCAAAUCCACGCGAUCCCCGCCCCCUCCAUCCCUCGAGCACCUCUCGCUGGAAACAAAUGACGAUGACGACAUCCGCUCCGGCCGCCGCCAGAUGCGCCAGCACCUUAACGACCGCGACCCUGUCUCGGCUGUUGAUGCCCCAUCCCGCCCAUUCAUGAGCCCACGUUCCGCGAGCUCUAACAACUCUAAUCCUCGCACGAACCUGCACUCAACAGCGCUGCCUCUACGUGCCGCUCCUCCAAAUGGGCCUCCUCCCCCUCCGCCUGUUUCGGCGGGUGGAAACUGGCGCAGCCAGCCGGGCCCAGUGCCUCGGUAA